AUGAAUAGCGCGAAAACAAAUAACAAUAGGCGUAGCGGACCUGACUUGACACCUAGUAGGAAACUUGAUUUGUCACCUAAGCGGGAAUCGAAGCCGUCAUCAGUUCGAAAGCCACCCAACCUUCAACCGAGUGAGAAAGUGGGCAGAACUUGUGUGACUAAAAACAAUGCCAAUGGAGAAUGUGUGUCGUAUUUUCUGUGUGAUGAAAACAGUAUUAUAAUUGACGAUGGAGCUGAUCUUCUUGAUUUGAGAGACGGCAGCAAAAGCUGCAGUCACUAUUUAGAAGUUUGCUGUGAACUCGGUAAUAUACAAGACAGUGGCGAGAACACAGCCUCCGUAGAGAUUUCUAACGAAGAUACUUUCGAAAGUGCUCCUAUCAUACCAAACCCAGCGACUCCAAACAUACAAACUCCACAGUUAAACCGCCCAAUUUCCCAACGUCCCUUAGCAAUGCCCACCAAUCCUUUAGCUAAACCAUCCAUCUUAUCCAGUCCUGAUGCGAAUGAGAGUAAAAUAUCAAGAUCUGAAUGUGGCUGGAGUUAUAUAGAAAAAAGCCCAUACAAACCGAAAAAUACCGCUUUUCGACCCACCAACAUUACCAGUGCAUUUUAUGGCGAAUAUCCAUUCGUGGUCGCUGUUAUGUUGAGAGGCGAUAGUGACGUUUGGUCGUCAAAAUAUUACAUCGGCGGCGGCGCUUUAAUACACCAUAGAGCCGUUUUAACAACCGCUCAUGGUAUUGAUAAGCUAAAAGCCGAUCAGUUGAAAUGCCGCGCUGGCGAAUAUGACGUGCAAACAGUGAAAGAGCAAUAUCCCCACCAAGAUAGGAAUGUCAAUAAAAUUAUUAUACACGAAAACUACUACAGAACUUCUGUAUACAACGACAUUGCUUUAUUGUUUUUGGAGACGGAGUUCACAGCAGCUGCAAAUAUUGGUAUAGCCUGCCUGGCAUCCGUCUUUCCCCCAGGAGAGGAUUGCUACUCUAUGGGCUGGGGCCGAGAGGCGCCGAUCGAACGGCGGGGUUAUUUCGUUGAGGUGCUGAAAAAGGUCCCACUACCUCUUGUGAGCGCAGAAAAAUGUCAAAGUAUGCUACGGACGAAUUCUCGUCUUGGCCCAUACUUUGAACUCCACAACUCGCUGACUUGCGCCGGCGGUGAAAGUACGGUUGACACCUGCGCAGGCGACGGUGGCUCCCCACUUGUUUGUGCUGUUAAAACCAGUGGUAUUGAAAAACGAUAUGUGGUGACCGGGCUGGUGGCCUACGGGAUCGGGUGUGGCAAGGAAGGUAUACCUGGUGUCUACGUGAACAUCCCACACUUGUACACCUGGGUAACAAACCAAUUCGAUCGAGAACAUGUUGAGAAGAAGUUUGUUUUAUAA